AUGCAGGCACUGACCUCGAAUUCCUACGAGGAGAUUUCGGCGAUCGUCGAACAAUUGGAAGAGGAGUUGGACUGGUUUAGGGAUACAGUUCGAACUGAGGCUGCAAGUAGGAAUCGGGAGAUUAAUAUGGACGAAGGGGACUGUGUACGACGGACUAUGCAUAAAGGUGCGGAAGCCAUUAACUCGCUCACGGCUAACCUCGAUCGUAUGGAGGCUCGACGUGUAAAACGCGAACUCGAGACGAGGUCUCCGACCGCUAGACACGCUACGAUGCAUCCGCUGAGAGAACGACCUGCCACCCCACGUCCGUCGCACGAGUCGAACUCGUCAUCGCGGGCUAUUCCUAGUCCACCUGAUACUCGCCCCAACGUUCAGCAAAACGUUGGCGCGCAGAUCGACCCGGUGCAGAUGCCUAUUGCGGAGCUGGCUCCCAUACCAAUAGCAGCUCGACAGCCACCAUUCGGACUGCCAGGACUACCGCAUCCCCCGCCAACCGGGGACUAUCGCAUGGAGCGUAUCCACCCAUACACAAGCGCUCUUCGGAAAAAUGCCAGGUUCGUUUGGUAUUUCCCUGUGACCGGACAAACUGGUGCAGAGAACGCCAACGCUGUUCAAGAUCAUAGUAUUACGGCGAGGACAGGAGGAGCCGCCCCGGCAGAUGAGCAAGGCUCACGCCGAGGAGCAGAGCCCCCGCCCGCUCCAGUAAAUACACCAAUGGACCAAAUCCCAACUCAACGAAGUGGGAUUGGCCAUCUGGGUCCGGCAGAAUGGACGCAAUACAUCGGCGAUACGGUCAUGGUAUCGGACUGGCAAACAGAUCCUGUUAUUCAGCGAUCCAUUGGUAAACUAUUUGCUCCCCGUCAGCCGAAUGAAGAUCAGGCUACGUUUGAUGGUAGGGUGGCGGCCGUACAACGGCUGAUCAACCCUCCCAGUCAGCCAACACCCAGAAAUCGACAGCGUGACCAGAGCCAGCACAGAGUGCGGCCCGACGAAUUCACUGUCGAUUAUGACGCUGCUCAGAAUGGACGGAACAUAGGAUCGAGCCCCGACCACAUCCGUCCCCUGAAGCUGGAGGGAGUAACUCCAGAAGUGCCCUCCUCGAUGCAAACACUUACGUCGAACCAAAAUAGUCACAACGUGACAAGAGAGGCUAGUCAGGCAAGUGUCCACUCGACCUCCUCUCAGGACGUGAACAUUCGUCGAACCGUUGCGACGAGGGGCUACUCUAAUGAGCCUCAGGCCAUUGGGACUGUGGCCCACGGAAACGAGAUUGAUGGCAGUACAAUUCGCCUCGAUCAAACUAAUGACUACCGUACAUGCAUGCUGCGCGAGGUGCCAAUGGCGGCAAUCCAGGCGGCGACCCCUCCGAUGAUGGUGAUGACAAUCGUCGCGGACGAGGUAAUGAUGACCGUCGAGACCGUCCUCCUCACCUACCUCCAGACAAUGGCCGACAACCUACAAGUGGCUCUGGUGGUGACGGCGGAGGCGGAGGCGGGGGAGGAGGCGGAGGAGGCCCAGAAGACUCUUAUAACUCAGGGGGCGGAGGGGGCGGAGGAGAUCCACCAGGAGGAGGUGGAAACCCUCCUGGGGAUGAUCCCUCUGAUGACAAUGGAGAUAACGAUGACAAUCCCAGGAAUAUCGGGCGUCGUAAUUGGCAGCGAGCAGCUACUCCCGCGCACGAAUACGAAGACGAACUCGUAG